AUGGACGAUGGCGCACGGUGUGGAAGAUGUCGACGCCUUUUCUUUUUCCUGGGCAUUGGCCUCUGGGCAGUGUCAACGUGCUUGCCAGCUUUCGUGACACCACGCGGGCAGUGGGCAUGCCCUGCCAGACGCGUCUCCCAACGCUUGGCACUGCUGCCGCAGAGCAGCGAGUGGCUUCCGGUGGUGAACAGUCCCACAGUGGAGACCACCGAUGAAAACAUCACCGUGCUUCCGGUGUUUCCCUUGAGUUCCGUGUAUUGGCCCGGCUCCGAAGCCACGUUACAAAUCAUCGACCCCGCCUACCGCAAGAUGUAUGACGACAUCUUGAUGAGCGGCUCGCGACGCUUUGUGGUCACCUUCACUCGAUCUUUGCCUGGAGGGCGGGUGAGGUACGCAGACAUGGAGGAGGGGGACAGGCGCUUGUUUCGCAUCGGUUCUCUGUUGUACCUCACGGAUUUGGAAGAAGUCAGUGGACAGACAGAUGGACACGUGAAGUACGUGGCGAAACAUGAAGUACAAGGCCGCGUGCAACUGUUGCGGUUGCUGAACCCGUCAGCGCUCUUCGAAACAGAUGGCAAGGGAAAUAAGGUGAACUACCUGAGAGCUGAAGCUCGCAUCCUUCCGGAGGAGAAGAACCCAGGUGAAGACGGGGAAGAAAGUUGGCGAUCUGAACUCCUGGAUUCGUGGCAAGACUUCCAAUCUCUGGCACAGAAGUUUGAGGAGCCUCACAUUGCUGGAGACUUCUUUUCCAAAGUGGCCCCCCGUGUCUCCAGUGGCAUUUUGGCUGCAGCCUGGCAGCAGCUGCAGGUGCAAACGCAGCUGGUGCGGCGCCAGAAACGCGCAAUGGAGGAGGUGAAGAAGAUUAUUGAGGAGGGGAGGAUGUCGCAGAAAGAGGCUCUGGAGCUGGUCUUCCAAAAGGCUGGCCCCUUGGACCUGGGCUGGGACUUCUGGGAACAGCUGCUACCGCUGCUGGCAGCCAACUCCUGGCAACGUGGGGAGCUGCUGUUGGGCCUCGUCCGCGAGGAGUUGAAAUUGGCCAAGACGCGCUUCGCGCUGAAGGAGGCACUCAAGUGAGGCGGCCGCAACCCGGCGCCCCUCUGGGCUGACGGCUCAUGUACCACGGUGGAUACUUGGGAUGGCCAUCCUUCUUCCACGGCCGACCAGAAACCCACUGGCCAGCUGCAGUCGCGAACGGAG